CCCGGAUGUGGCUGCGGCGGCCGCUCCUCCCCCGCGUCCCCCUCGGAGCCCGGCGGCGCGCCCCGGCCUCGCUCGCUCGGCGCCCCGCAGGCCCCUCGGGCGGCGCGGAGGCCGCGCGGCAGCGGAGCGGGUGGCCGCCAUGAGCGGCUCCUCGGGCACCCCGUACCUGGGCAGCAAGAUCAGCCUCAUCUCCAAGGCGCAGAUCCGCUACGAGGGCAUCCUCUACACCAUCGACACCGACAAUUCGACCGUGGCGCUCGCCAAAGUGAGGUCCUUUGGGACCGAAGAUCGGCCCACGGACCGGCCUGCGCCCCCGAGAGAGGAGGUUUAUGAAUACAUCAUCUUCCGGGGAAGUGACAUCAAGGACAUCACCGUGUGUGAACCUCCGAAGGCCCAGCACACGCUCCCUCAGGAUCCUGCCAUCGUUCAAUCCUCCCUGGGCUCAGCCUCCGCCUCGCCCUUCCAGUCGCACGUGCCUUACAGCCCCUUCCGCGGGAUGCCGCCCUACGGCCAGCUGGCAGCUAGCUCCCUGCUCAGCCAGCAGUACGCUGCCUCCUUAGGUCUCGAGAAGCUGGUAAGCCCUCCAGCCUCAGCCGCUGCUUCCAGCCCUGGCUCUUCUCCAUCCCCACAGCCUGUCUCAGAGCUUGACAUGUCCUCAGAGCCACCUCAGCUCGCUUCCAAGGGAGCUGCUGUUCCCUCUCUCCCAGCCGGCAAGAGCCCGAUGGUGGAGCAGGCUGUCCAGACGGGUUCUGCAGAUAACCUGAGCGUGAAGAAGCUGGUCCCCGGCAAGGGCCCCUCGGGGACUCAGCUGGGCAGUCGCCAGGUCCAGGCAAGCAGCAAGACUGUGAACGAGGUCACCCAGCCAGCAGCGGUGGUGCAAGCCCAGGGGCAGGUGAAUGAUGAGAACAGACGGCCUCAGCGGAGGCGCUCAGGGAACCGGAGGGCAAGGAAUCGCUCCCGAGGGCAAAGCCGCCCGGCCACGGCCAAGGAGAAUACCAUCAAGUUUGAGGGCGACUUUGACUUCGAGAGUGCCAAUGCCCAGUUCAACAGAGAGGAGCUUGACAAAGAGUUCAAGAAGAGGCUGAAUUUCAAAGACGACAACGCAGAGAAGGGGGAUGACAAGGACCCGGCUGUGGUGACCCAGAGAGAGGAGCCUCCUGCUGAGGAAGACCUCCUGGGCCCCAACUGCUACUAUGACAAGUCCAAGUCCUUCUUCGACAACAUCUCCUCUGAGCUCAAGACGAGUUCCAGGCGGACGACGUGGGCUGAGGAGCGGAAGCUCAACACAGAGACCUUCGGGGUGUCGGGGAGGUUUCUUCGAGGCCGCAGCUCCCGCGGUGGGUUCCGAGGAGGCAGGGGCAACGGGACCCCCCGUCGCAACCCAACUUCACACAGGGCUGGCACUGGCCGGGUGUGAGGGCACAGCCUGGGGUUCCUGACGUGUGGGACAGUGGAUGCCACAGCAGCUGCUGCACUAGGGGAGAAGUGGGUUGCCUUGUUGACCGAGCUGGCAGGCCCUCGCUGCUUAGGUUUUGGGUUGAAGUAGCCUUGGACAUGUCUGAGUCCGAGCUGCUGUUCUGGGGACACAUUCCUGGUGACCUCCGGGAGGUGUGCACCUGCGUUUCCUUUUGAGUUGGCAUUCUCCUCCUAAGGUUUUGAUAUUACACUCCUCACUUUGUAACUUUUUUUAUGGUAACUCUGACUUUAAAAGUGGAACCACAUCUCAUGUGGCACGUGAGCCGGCCAGGCGCGGGCAUCUCUGCCCCCCGCUGUCUCAGGAGCCAAGCAGGGCCAGUCCAAGGUGGGCAUGUGGGAGGGUGGCUGUAGGUGGGGAAGGGCAGCGUCCCACAGAUCAUGUUGGAGAAGGGAACUGGCCUCCCUGUAUGUCCUGGUGAUGGCCAGGCUGUGGG